UGGUACUCACAAUAUUCUCAAGUACCAUAAUUCAAACUCAAAUCUCAAUUGGUUUCUCUUAAUUCAAUUCAAUUCAAUCCAAUGUACACUUCCAUGGUUCCAGCUGAAUUGCAGAUACUGCAGAAACCUCGAGUAACAGAGGUACAUGUUCGAAUGGACUGUCAAGGAUGCGUGCAGAAGAUCAAGAAAGCACUCUCCGGCAUCAAUGGUAUAUAUGAUCUAUAUAUUGAUUACCCCCAACAGAAGAUAACAAUCAUAGGUUGGGCAGAUCCAGAAAAGAUUCUCAAGGCAAUCAAGAAGACAAGGAAAAUUGCCACCAUUUCCAAUAUAGAUCUUCCAACCGAUGUGCCGCAACCACCACCACAAGAAGAAGCAGAACCAACACAACAACCAGAACCUGAAGCAAAUUCAGAAAAGGCACCUGAACCAGCACAAGAAGAAGCACCACCACUACCAGAGGAACCCCUGAAAGGCGAACCACCAACCAAGGUAACAUCACCAAGACCUCCAGAGAAUAAUAAUGAAUGUCAUUGCCAGAAUCCACCACCUAGCACCCCGGAAACUAGAGAUGUUGGAGAGGUUCAUGUGAUGCACCAACAUCACCCAUAUAACUAUGUGAACAGAUAUGAUUUUGGCCAUAACUAUGUAGGAUAUUCGGAUAGAUUUCAAUACCAGAAUAGGAAUAUGCCAAUGUUUCUAGGAGAGCGACCCCAACAUGUUCAUGUGACACAUAGCUACAAUGCUUAUAGGCCAUCACCUUAUGUCACUGAAUAUGAGUAUGUUAGGUCACCACUGAUGAGCGGAUAAUUUAUACGCUUUUUGGCAUUAUUUUUAGGUAGUUUUUAGUAAGUUCAAGCUACUUUUAGGGAUGUUUUCAUUAGUUUUUAUGUUAAAUUCACAUUUCUGGACUUUACUAUGAGUUUGU